UGGCCUCAAAGAUCAUUUCUCAACACUUCCUCACCGCAGGAGCCUCCAAAGCCCUCACCAGGCCAGUUCUCCUCCUGCAACAGCUCCCCACAGCAUGAAGGUCUCCGUGGCUGGCAUUACCUUCUUCUUCCUCAUCACCAUCGCCCUAGGUGAUGGUGAAUUCAAGACGGACUUCUCCUCAGGGGGACCUUACCAACCCUCAGAGUGCUGUUUCGCCUACGCUACUCACAGGAUCCCCCGUCCGCGGAUUGUGGCUUAUUAUGGGACCAACAGCCAGUGCUCCAAGCCUGGAAUUGUCUUCAUCACCAAAAGGGGCAAAUCCAUCUGCACCAACCCCAAUGACAAGUGGGUCCAGGACUAUAUCAAGGGCAUGGAGGAGAACUGAGUGACCCAGAGUGGGUGGUGAAGGCACAG